GAAGCACAUGCUUCGCUAUUCAGGCACUUUGUCUGUUCGUCUGUAAACUGUUUUACAGCUCGGCGUCGGUCGGUCCUCUCCAAACCAUGGACCCGAUGCGCGUCGGAUUUUCUUUGUAAUGUUUCGUGUUUCGCUAUUUGGGGUUGUUUGUUGACAACAGAUCGUCUAUAUUCCUGUUGGAAACUUUGAGGCACGGGUUGGACUGGCGCUGGCGAGUUCAUGUGGGAUUUUCUAACGGUUUCUCGGUGAUGGUCGUAUUUCAGGAAGUGGCUUAGAGGCUCCGUGCACCGUAUCAGCUGUUCUGCUGUAUAUUAUGGUCGCGCUGUCGUGACAUGAUGUUUGGACUGUCCGCUCACCCCAAGCCGGUCAACAUGGCAACCCGGCGAUGGACACACAAGUUGACAGCACUUCUUCACGUCAUUUUUCUGACAACUUGCUUCGGUGGCAGUCUUUCACUCCGCAUAACUAAGGACUCCACGGACCUCCCUGGUUCGGUCCCUCAUGGAGGCCCCGCCCCUCCACCUCAGCAGCCUAUCCAGCUGGUCGAGCCUCUGCUGCUGAUUGGAGGACAGCAGAAACCCAUCAGCCUCCUCACCUCACUGGGUCAUCCCUCGUCUCUGCAGGUCCUGUUGGAGGUGGAAGGCGAGCAGCUGCUUCUCCAACUGGAGAGGAACGAGGGCUUGUUCGCCAGUCACUACACAGAAACGCACUACCUUGAGGAUGGCAGCGCAGUCUCAGGCUCCUCCAACCUCACGACAAACUGCUACUACCAUGGGAAGGUGGAGGGUCACGCAUGGUCAGACGUCGGCCUCAGCACAUGCUCAGGACUCAGGGGACUGAUUACACUUGAAGAUACCACUUUCGUGCUGGAGCCAUCGGGGGACCUCCUCCACUCGUCCGUCCAUCGUGUCUACCGCGGAGAACACCUCAACCUGACCCUGGGCUCCUGUGGACACGGGACCAACAUCUCACACCCCUUCAGGAUGGACACACUCCGGGACACCAGCAACUCAAUACACAACCUCAGCACCAGGCACAGGAGAGAUGCCCAGAGCACCACCAAGUAUGUGGAGCUGAUAAUUGUAGCUGACAACCGCGAGUUUCAGAAACAAGGCAAAGACCUGGAGAAAGUCAAGCAGAGACUGGCAGAGAUUGGCAACUACGUGGACAAGUUCUACCGGCCCCUGAACAUCCGCGUGGCGCUGGUGGGUCUGGAGGUCUGGAGCGACUCGGACAAGUGUGCCGUGUCCCAGGACCCCUUCACCACGCUGCACGAGUUCCUGGACUGGAGGAAGCUCAAGCUGCUGCCCACAAGACCACACGACAACGCCCAGCUGGUCAGUGGCGUGUACUUCCAGGGCACCACCAUCGGCAUGGCACCCAUCAUGAGCAUGUGCACAGCUGAGCAGUCAGGUGGCAUCGUCAUGGAUCACUCUGAUAAUCCUCUGGGAGCAGCCGUCACGCUGGCCCACGAACUAGGACACAACUUCGGGAUGAACCACGACACGCCAGAGCGGGGGUGUGGAUGCCGGGCGACCGCCGACCGCGGAGGAUGCAUAAUGACCCCCUCCACAGGGUAUCCGUUUCCAACAGUGUUCAGCACGUGCAGCAAGAAGGACCUGGCGGCCAGCCUGGAGAAGGGCGUUGGGAUGUGUCUGUACAACAUGCCCGAGGUCAAGGUGCUGUACGGGGGACAGAAGUGCGGCAACGGAUACGUGGAGGAGGGAGAGGAGUGCGACUGUGGAGAGCUAGAGGAGUGUGUGAAUCCCUGCUGCAACGCCACCACCUGCAGCCUGAAGGGAGACGCCGUCUGUGCCCAUGGACAGUGCUGUGAAGGAUGCCAGCUAAAGCGUGCGGGUACUCCGUGUCGUCAGUCCGCUAACUCCUGUGACCUGCCAGAGUUCUGCACCGGUGCCAGUCCUCACUGCCCUGCCAACGUCUACCUGCACGACGGCCACGUCUGCCACAACGUAGACGGCUACUGCUACAACGGCAUCUGCCAAACCCACGAGCAGCAGUGCAUCACCCUGUGGGGCACAGGUGCCAAGGCAGCUCCAGGGAUCUGCUUUGAGAGGGUGAACUCGGCUGGGGACCCGUACGGGAACUGUGGAAAAGACGGCAAAGGAUCCUUCGCCAAAUGCGAGGCUCAAGAUGCCAAAUGUGGUAAAAUACAGUGCCAAGGGGGAGCCAACCGACCCGUGAUUGGCACCAACGCGGUUUCCAUAGAAACCAACAUCCCUCAGCAGGAAGGGGGACGCAUCCUGUGCCGCGGGACGCACGUCUACCUGGGGGACGACAUGCCCGACCCUGGACUGGUGCUCACGGGAACCAAAUGUGGAGACAGCAUGGUGAGCAGCACAUGCAGGAUAUGUGGAGACAGCAUGAUAUGCCUGAACCGGCAGUGCCAGAACGUCAGCGUGUUCGGCGUCCAUGAUUGUGUGGGAAAGUGCAGUGGGCGCGGGGUGUGUAACAACAACAAGAACUGCCACUGUGAGGCGCACUGGGCUCCUCCCCUCUGUGACAAGGCCGGCUUCGGAGGCAGUCUGGACAGCGGCCCGGUCAGACUCGUCGACCACGGGGCAGUGAUGGGUGGCCUGGUGGCCUUCCUGUGCCUGGUGGGGGUCGGGGUUUUCAUCUGUGUCAAGAGGAAGAAUCUCAGCCUGAUCUUCGCCAAUAAGAAGAGCACCAUCGAGAAGCUGAGGUCUGUGGGGCCGAACCGGGGGUCCAGUCAACCUCAUCGACCUCCAGUGUGCCGCUUAUCUCCUCCACGGCCAGACCCAGCCAAACCUUACAGUGGCAGCAUAUACAAGCCUCCCCACCUGUGUCCUCCAGAGGUUGUGGUGCCACCUCAAAGUUUGCGUCCGCUGCCCCAGUGCCCCUCCCCCAUGCAGCGCCACCUGAGCCAUCAUGCCCAUCAUGCUGUGCCCGUGCCUGGGGGGCCCGGGGGGCCUGGGGGGCCCGUGGGGCUGCCCCUCUCCUCCUCCUCCUCCUCCUCCUCCCCACCGCUGCCUCCCCCUCACCGGGGGGCUCCUCACCUGCCGCAUCACCCCCAACACCUCCAGGUGCCUCCGCGUGGAGCCUCCUUCCUUAGCGGCCCGCAGCGACACAACUGCAGAAUAGCCAUGGAAAUGGAGAAGCCCAGUCCUCCCCGGAAGCCACUGCCUGCCGACCCCGUCUGCCGGACAACGACGACCCGUCUGCACAGCGCCUCCAACGCCCACAUGCCCCCCGUGUCACUCCAGCGCGGACCCUCCAACGCCCACAGACCCACGCCACUCCCACUUCCCGUCAGAGGGCCGCCAUCCACAUCCACCGGCCUCCACAGACCAGUUCCUCCCCUCCCUCACCCCACCAGACCUCUUCCGCAGCAGCCUCCGACCCGGCCUAAACCUCACAUCAUCAGUGGUGGUGGAGUAGGAAAAUACAGCUGAGAACAAUCCCCUACACAGUCUCACCCCAAGUAGUCAAUUUUUGACUACUCAAUUUUUGACACCCCAAGACUGCAAUUUUUGACGUCUUGGGUAUUCCUUCCACGUCACAUUUUGACUAUGUCCUCACAGGCGCCCCCUUGUGGCAGCAUUACGUCAUUGAGGUUAGGUUUAGGAAUAGGUUUAGGGUUAGGCCACAUAGUCAAAAUGUGACGUGGAAGGAAUACCCAAGACGUCAAAAAUUGCCGUCUGGUCCAAGGUAGUCAGAAAUUGACUACUUGGGGUGAGACUGCGUUGCAAUCCCACCCGGCCUAAGCCUCACACCAUCAAGUACAUCUGAGGCCAUGGACACAAGGGAUGGAGAGAUGGACAGCCUAAGUCUCACGUCAUCAGUAGAGGUGGAGUAGGGAAAUAUAUUGCUGAGGACAUCUGGACACAAAGGACAGAUGGACGGAUAAACGGAUGGAUGGAUAGACGGAUAAACGGAUGGAUGGAUGGAUGGAUGGAUGCCCUGAAGGGACAAAAAGACUUAUUUUUGCACUAUAAAACCUUCUGCCCUUGAUAGACAUGUGGUGUGUCUACAAAGUCCUUAAACUCUGGGGCGAAGAGGCCCAUCACCUGGUGCUCUAAUAGGUCCUCGAUACGCUUGCUGCGACCGACCGACCGACGGCACAUACUUGUACUUGCUUUAAAAGCAGUAGACCAACACACACAAUACCGGCGGUGUCAUCCAGGGGGCAGAGGAAGAGAGAGAGAGCAGCAUAUCGAUGCGGAAAUUGGGAACAGAGACUGUAAGGAAAACAAAACAAAAAGAAGGACUCCCCGGACGAGGAGGCGAUACUGCUACUGCUCCUACAUUUGCACGCUCCUCUUUCAAAGUGCAACGGUGAAGUACCGGUAUGAUCGCACAAAUGUUUGUUAUUUCGGACAAGCCUCAAUGAGACGCUCUUGAAAAGUUGUCACCAUCACCGUUUUCACCGGAAACACUUGCAUGGAACUGUGCAAUCUUUCUUACGAUCGCCCCCAGCGAUUUUGAAGAUAUCGCACGGAACUUACGCGUAGCCUAUAGAUGCGGUGUCUAACGUGCGAAAUUGGCAUGAAACACACAAAUUGUGCCCCCGCAUGAGUAUCCUGCAGCAAGCGUAUCGAGGGCCUUAUCUCCGAACGGUGCUAUGAGUACACACUCAGGUACAUUGUAGACUUAUUUAUGUCAUGUAUUUAUUUCAGCACAGUGCACUGUGGUCGACACUUUUUUUAUUAAAUCGUAGCGUUUGUGUUUUAUUUCAAAGGAAAACUCUCCUACAUUUCUACGUCUCUUUGAUUACAUAAUAUUGUCUGUACUGUUUGUUUUUUUUAAUCAGAGAAGACAUUAGUGUUCUCGUUUGUGGAUCAUCUGAAGAGGCACUGGUGAUGAAGAAGUUUGGAUAGAGUUAACUGGAUUUGAAAUGAAGGGAACCUUGCAGCUUAAUGUGGAAUAAUCACUACAGGAAUUGGGAGAUGAGAUCAUGGAGAGACAACAGCAAUGAGGUGCUACUUUAACUGCUCACAGAUUCGAAAAUACAGUUGUCGAAAUUACAGAAUCGUACUUGACAUCUCCUGAGUCUCCAAACAUACUAUGUAGUACUUACUGUACUUGACAUCUCCUGAGGACCUCUGCAUACAUAGUACUGUACUUGACAUCUCCUGUGAGUCUCCGUACAUACUACAAAGUAUAUCGUACUGUACUUGACAUCAGUGAGUUUCCGUACUAUGUAGUACUGUACUUGACAUCUCCUGAGAGUCUCAGCGAGAGCGAUAGAAGAGCAGAAGCAGCAGAGCUUUCAUACUGUACAUCUGUGAAUUGGUGUGGUGUCAACAACGGCGUCUUAGUUGAGUUUUACAGUAGGCCAAGUGGGAGUUGAUUGAUUGCACUGAGGUGCAUUACAAGUUGCCCUCGUAGACUUGAGGGCUAUACUGUACUGAGAAGCUGGCUUAGGAGUAAACCAGGUUAAGGUAAGAGGCAAAUCACCUAAUAGAAGGACCUGAACCAGGUUAAGUUACGAGGUAAAUCAUCUAAUAGAAGGACCUAAACCAGGUUAAGUUAAGAGGUAAAUCAUCUAAUAGAAGGACCUAAACCAGGUUAAGUUAAGAGGUAAAUCAUCUAAUAGAAGGACCUAAACCAGGUUAAGUUAAGAGGUAAAUCAUCUAAUAGAAGAGCCUGGAGUCCUUAUUUUCUUAAGAAAACCAGGUUAACCAGGGUAAUGUAAGAGGUAAAUCAUCUAAUACAAGGGCCUCAAUGGAAAAGCAUAAUAGGGCCCUUUUAACCUAAACUGGUUCUCACAUUGUUACCAACCAUCUGGAACAUUGUGAAUCGCUUAGCUCUGGAAAGGCAUGGGUGUGUUCGAAACAGCUCAAACCUGAUUGGAGAAUUCACACGUGUCUUUUUGAAUCACGUACUACUUCAAUCACUGACUUUAUAAAUACCCCGCCCCGUGAUUCUGAUUGGACAGGUUGUGAAAUUUCUGAUUCCGUUCGGGCUCGUCUAAGAUUUCCAGACCCUCGUGCGAGCUCACGAAGUUGAGCGGAAAUGCAUGAAGGGUCUGCGUUAGAGCCCGGCUAACCUUUAACCUGGUGUACCCCUGAAGGUAAAUCAUCUAAUAAAAGAGCCUCAAUGGAAAAGCAUAAGAGACCCCCUUUAACCUGGUUUA